AGUUUUUUAUAAGCCAAGGACAAGCCAGUUCAUAAUAAGCUUAAAUAAGUAUAUGGAGGCUGUCAACAAUAAGUUCGGAGUUGGCAUGAGAUUUAAGAUGAGUUUUGAGGGGGAGGACUCUCCAGAGAGAAGGUUUCUGGGCACAAUAAUUGGGGUUGAAGAUAAAUCUCCUCAUUGGGCAGGUUCAAGAUGGCGAUCACUAAAAGUUCAAUGGGAUGAACCUGCAUCUAUGCCCAGACCAGACCAGGUUUCACCAUGGGAGAUAGAGCCCUUUGUGGCUUCUGUACCUGUAAGCAUGCCUCUACCUGCUCCGAAGAACAAAAGGACCAGAACACCCAUUGAAAUUCCAAAUCUUGGCAAAAGAAGUGAAAAUCAUGCUAUGUGGCAUCACAAGCAGACAGAUGUUAACAGCGCCAGCAACUCAAUUUCAAGGACUCAGACUGAUGGGAGCUGGUUAUCUUCUCCUCGUGCAUGUGUUUCUCGGAAUCUAUUUCAGGAUACGAUGGAUGACCGCAAAAGUGUCUCUAAAUGGCCUUCUCUCCCAGGCUAUUCAACUCCACACUCUUCACAGCCGAACAAUGAUCCAUUUCCUGACCCUAUUGAGAAAGUGAAGAAAGCUGACACGGCUUUUUUUAUUUAUUCUGUUUUGUGACAUUUUAUUCAAUUUUCAUUCU